AUGGACCUCCACUGGCCCACCUUCAAGAUGGACAGCUCCUCCUACCUGCCCGGUCCCCUGGCGUCCCCAGCCCUGAUGGUGCUGGCCUCCACAGCCAAGGCAGGCCGUGAUGCCUCCGUCCCCUGCCAGGCCCCGAGGUCCUUCAGGGCCCCAAUCUUUGAGAAGGACCUCCCCUUCCCCUCCGGCUCCUACACAUUUGCCUCCAUGUACAACCGUCAGAGGCCUAUCUCCGGCCACGGCUCCUUCCCUGCCAGAGACUUCCCUGCCUCCCUGCUCCACCUCCAUCCCCAGUUCCACCCCAACAACCUGGACUGCCCUUCCCUGGGGAUGCUCAACCACAUUGGGGUAGGGGCCUUCCGACCCUUCUCCUCCCCGCCUGAAGAGAGGGAGACCAGGGGUUAUCAGUCAGCCUUCACCCCUGCUAAGAGGCUCAAGGGCUGCUACACAGGUUCUGAGGGGAAGGUGUAUGAUUUUGGAGGAGGGUGUUUCCUCUCUGGCUCACCGGGAUCACUCAAGGCCACCGAGGAUUCUGGGAGGAAGUUGUUUACGGUGUCUGGACUACUGUCGGACAGAGAGGCCUCGUCUAGUCCUGAGGACCGUAAGGAACACUGUAAGGGUAAUGUCCUGUAUGACUCCCUGCCCCCAGUGUGUCCAGUGUGCCAUGCUGUGUUACCACCAGGUGAGCUACAGGAGCACAUGGAGCAGGAGAUGGGCAGACUGGCACAGUUACAAAUCAGUACUAAUUCAGUGCAGAGGAACCAUCCAUUCGGAGCUACUAAGACCCUCUCAAUAUCUCUGCACAUUAAAUGUGAGGGUGGGUCCCCCACCUCUCUCUCCUGCCCUCCUGAAGAGCCCCACACAGACAGAUACCAGACGUUUCUGCGUGUGAGGACAAACAGACAAGCAAGACUGAAUGUCAGGAUCGGCAAGCUGAAGAGGAGACCUUACGUGGGCCAGGACAUUUUGUUGGACCUGGGGGGGGAGGAGUGGAGUGAGCGGAGGAGGAUACGGAUGACAUCCAUACUGGGAGGGUGUGAAGGGUCGGUGUUUGUGAGCAGCAGCACGUCUAAGGAAGGCCGUGGUGACAGUGACACUGACCUGGACGUGGAUGGAGAUGACACUCUGCAGUAUGGAAGAGUACAAUGUACGGGGGCAGACAUCCCCUGUUCAGGGAAGGUUCCUGGGGAGGUGGAGGACAGGGAAGCACUGAGGGGGGCGGUUUUAAAUGGUGGUACACUGUCCAACAGAGUAACUCUGGAACAUUCCAAAUGGACAAAUGAGGGAAGUCCAUCCACUAGCAAUGGAGAGAGCAACAAACUGGAUAACAGCAUAGCCUCCCUACACAGGACCUGUAAAAAUAGUGACAUUGAUAUGGUCUCUGGGCUGACGACGUUGGAUUCACUAAGAAGUCGUAUACGGGACCUAGAGAAGCAGCUGUCCAGAGGAGACAGACACAACUGUCUUAUCUGUAGGGACACUUACACAACACCCCUCACCUCCAUCCAGUGCUGGCAUGCCCACUGUGAGGAGUGUUGGCUCCGCACUCUGGGGGCUAAGAAGCUGUGUCCACAAUGUAACACCAUCACUUCUCCUGGGGACCUGAGACAGGUAUUUUUGUGACUGGGCAGGGCCAGAGAAGCACAGACCCCUGAGGUGGCAGGACAUCUGAAGUAUUAACCUUUGACCUUUGAAGGGGACGUAA